AACUGGUGCCAACACCUUCGUGUGGGAAAUACUCGCUUCCAACCCCGACCGCUGAAUUCAGCAAUCCGCUAUAUACCACCGAAGCGGAUACGAAUACAGCGCAACCGAAUAACAAUUAUAGCACAACAUCAACUUCCCCGACAACGAUCACAUGCUCCAGACAACCGCUGGCCCCUUGCUCUCCCCAAAAUGGAGAAGAACUUACAAAUGGUGUCGACUCAAUAAUGGUGCGUAAGCGCGCCUUCAAGUUGCCCGAGCGUCUUGCUUAUUCCGACUUACCCGCAUCGACGUGCACGGUCGGUCUGCCAAGUAAGAGACGUGUGCAGCUGCACCGUCACUCGGGUCUAUUGGACAGGAUAUGCCAAUCAGCUUCACCGUCUGGCGAUGCUCCCAUACGUGAGGCACUAGAAAACAGACCAGCGCUCAAUUCAAGCUCAGGCUGGCUGGUACACCCAGCCCAGCCGAGUGCGGCUUAUCUUUUCCGAUCUAAUCGCAACCAGUGCCGAAAGCAAUCUCUGACCAAUGACAGCAGCCGGGAUCCGGCACGAGGAAGCCAUGCGAUUGGCCGCACGGCGAGUGAGUCAAAGAAGGACUUCUCCGAAUUGGAGAAAGUGGAGACGUCGGCUUCCCCAACGCAGGACAGAAUUUGCGCGUGCGGCGUCUGCUUUGGCUUUUGCGCGGGCGGGUAUCGGCCGACACUCGUGCUGCCCUUGAUAUUCGAUCAAGUCAUCUGGCAUCGAAUAUCGGGACAGGGGAGUGCGAUAGGUGGGCAGCAUGAGGCCAGACACCCUGCAGCAACAGGCCACUUGUAUAGCGCCAUGAGUCUUCAAAUGGGCAAGGAAUGCGGAGGGGGGUGCCAACUCCGGAGGGCAGCUCAGGCCUCAUUAUCUGGCGCCCUCGGAGAACAUCCCGAAGGAAGAUUUCUCCAAAUUGGUGUUCUGUGCUUUUCCUCCACAAAUCCACCGGCGUCAUCCUUUCUUAAAUAACUUCCACAUCCCUGCUCCCUCGUAAAGGUCUGGUGACGAGAGACGACGACAUAUGAGCUGACACACAUAAACCUAACCUGCUCCCCACAUGCACACGCUCAGAUACACCAGUGCACUCGGAUACGGACCAUCAUCACAGUAAGAACCACAAAUGCCUCAAGAUCCCCCCUCGGACACCCCGCGGGGUCCCCUCGACGAUUCGGGCUCGUCGACCACCGGCACCGUCU